UGGUUUGUGGUACAUUCCUGCUAGGCCAUCUUUCGGUGUAACGUUAACGGUGCAGCUUCCUUUGCUAAACAGAGCAGCAGAGGUUUCGUCCUCCGGCUAACAGCAGCUACUAUGGCGUCAACUGAGAUAGCAAGGCAAGCGGGUGAAGGAGCUCGUGGCGUCCCUCUAUCGGGCCAUGUCGGCUUUGACAGCAUGCCUGACCAGCUGGUCAACAAGUCUGUCAACCACGGUUUCUGCUUCAACAUCCUCUGUGUUGGUGAGACGGGUUUGGGCAAGUCCACUCUGAUGGACACGCUGUUCAACACCAAGUUUGAAGGUGAGCCAACCCAGCACAACCAGCCGGGAGUCACACUCAAGUCCAACACCUAUGAACUUCAGGAGAGCAAUGUGCGCCUCAAACUCACUGUUGUCAACACCGUGGGCUUUGGAGACCAGAUCAAUAAAGAAGACAGCUACAAGUCCAUUGUGGAGUUUAUUGAUGCCCAGUUUGAAGCAUAUCUACAGGAGGAGCUGAAAAUCAAGCGCACGCUACACAGCUACCACGACACCCGCAUCCAUGCGUGCCUGUACUUCAUCGCUCCAACGGGACACUCGCUCAAAUCGCUGGAUCUGGUGACCAUGAAAAAACUUGAUAGCAAGGUCAAUAUUAUCCCAAUCAUCGCCAAGUCAGAUGCUAUCUCUAAGAGUGAGCUGGCCAAGUUCAAAAUCAAAAUCACCAGUGAGCUGGUCAGCAACGGAGUGCAGAUCUACCAGUUCCCCACUGAUGACGAAUCCGUGGCCGAGAUCAACUCCACCAUGAAUAGCCAUUUGCCCUUUGCCGUGGUGGGGAGCACAGAGGAAGUCAAGAUUGGGAACAAGAUGGUGAAGGCCCGGCAGUACCCCUGGGGGACGGUGCAGGUGGAAAAUGAGACUCACUGUGACUUUGUCAAACUGCGGGAAAUGCUGAUCAGAGUUAACAUGGAGGACCUGCGAGAGCAAACUCACACGCGUCACUAUGAACUGUAUCGGAGAUGUAAAUUGGAGGAGAUGGGGUUCAAGGACACGGAUCCUGACAGCAAGCCCUUCAGUCUGCAGGAAACAUAUGAAGCUAAGAGGAACGAGUUCAUGGGAGAACUGCAAAAGAAGGAAGAAGAAAUGAGGCAAAUGUUUGUCCAAAGAGUUAAAGAGAAGGAGGCUGAGCUCAAAGAAGCAGAGAAAGAGCUGCACGAGAAAUUCGACCGUCUGAAGAAACUCCACCAGGACGAGAAAAAGAAGCUGGAAGAAAAGAAGAAGUCUCUGGACGAUGAGGUCAACACAUUCAAACAGAAAAAGACUGCUGCAGAGCUCUUGCAGAAUCAAGCUCAGCAGGCAGGGGGCUCCACCACACUCAAGAGGGACAAAGAGAGGAAAAAUUAACUCCUCCCACACUUGCUGCAUGCUGCGUGAGGCACCUUUUCUGCUAAGGAUUCCUGUAGAAAAAGUGCUCCCUUGUGGCCAUCCUGCUGUGAAUGAGUUUCCAACCCCAUCAUCCUUUACAGUACCCCUUCCUCACCCUCACCUUACCCCAUAAUCCAACCCUCCACACGCCCCUCCCUGCUCUGUGGAAGACGCUGGGCAUUGCUAUCAGUUUGGCCUCACUCUUUGUUUUUUUCAUGCUGAAUGAUGCUUGUCAGUUGUGUGGGUUGUACAAGCGAUUAUUCGGCUUGUCUUUUUAUGCAAAUUUACAAAAUGCAUUCCAUGGUUUGUUUGUUUUUUUUAUAGUUAGUGAUUCUUUGCAUGAUGUGAGCUUUUAAAAAAUAUUAACAUACAUGACUACUGUAGUGAUGGGCAGAAAUGUACUGAGGCUAAAUGGAAACAUGCAUUAAAACAAUGGGACUGAAGCAUGAAGGAUGAGAAAUCUGUUUUGGAUUUCAGACUUUAGAAGAAUAGACUGGUAUUAAAAUGAAGGCAGAUUGACUGUGAGAUUGAAGAAAAGCAGUAGACUUAGUAAUGUAUUUUUUAAAAACCGCCUCCAUGAAACUGUGGUAUCUGAAAUUGCUGCAUUUCAAGAAAAUGUCUUGCUGAAGAAAAGCACACUUUAAGUAGUUAAUCAGUGGGUUUCUGAUAGGCUAAUCACUUCUUGCUUAUUUGAUGACACCUGUGGUUAAAGUGGUAACAGGAAGUAGAGUUUUGUGCUACAACAAGCUCUCGUUGAGCACCUUCUUUUUUAGAAGUGCAACAGAAAUGCAGCCCGUGUCCGUUCUGUAUCCGUUAUUGUGCAGCCAAAAAACCUUGUGUUGCUGUAGAUAUUUAAAAUCUGUCAAUUUGUCUCAUGUUAUGUUGUUCAAAUUGUUAGCUGGGAGUAAAGUUGCUUCUCUUGUAGAUACAUUUUUGAUCUCCUUCACAAUAAAAGCCACCAUGUGCUUUCAUCAUACACUGUAUAUAAAAGAUAGGCGUAUCUUCAGGAUUUGAAAUGUAAAGUCAAAGCGAAAGUGGAUUACAUCUGCAUUCUUUUCAAUGGCCAUUAGGGGGCAGUUCCUCUGCUGAUAAAAAGAAGUAUAAUUGCAUAAAUGUUUAAUACCUCAAUAAAAACGUUCUCGACGAGUUUAUGGUAUAAAUCACAAUAUAGGUUAAGUGAGAUCUACUUUAGGGCAACAAAUUACUACUGUAUGAGCGUAUGAGCGUUGCAGUUUCUUGCGAUGGCUAGUUUCCAAAAUUCAAUCCCGGUUCUUGUGGGCGGGGCUUUACAAACCACUGAUGUCACAGCAGCUAUGUCUCUCUUUUAUAUACAGUCUAUAAUUUUAGUAAGUGAAGUUUUGUUUGUUUGUGUUUUUUUUAAUGUGAAGCUUCAGCAAUACAAGAGUCAACAACUCAGAUGUAACAAGAUAAAAUUCAUACUGCAUUACAGUUUCUUGCUUGUAAAAGCAGUUUGAAUGAUGAGAAAGGUGCUUCCCGGCACUGUAAAUUAAUUACAGAAUGUAACCACAUUACAUUUGUUUUGCAUUUUCUUUAAGAAUUAUAAAGAGAUCUAAACAAUAAAAAAUAAAAUGGAGAUUUACUUUCUUAAUGUCCCCUUGCUGAUGUUGUUUCUCUUCAGCCUCAUGCAUGAACAGAUGUGAGCCUAAUCUCUUUGCCACUUCUCCCAUACCUCAUUCAUUGUCAUGUGUUUUGUGCAUACUUGUGUUAGCUUUCACAUUUGCACUUUUAAUGUUUUAUACCCCAAUGUGAUGGUUUUUUACAUACUAUAUAUUAAUGUUGUAAGUGCAAUUGUAACUUUCUUUUUUCUUAUUGUUCUCAAUAUGAAGGCACAUUUUAAAAGUCAAUCAUCUUAAUGUCCAAUGUCCUGCAGGGACCAGUGUUAUUUGUAUCAGUGUUACGCAUAUAUUAAAGAAAUUUUUAAUAAAAUAAAGGCCAAUUUUUCACCAGAUAUUAUACCUGUGACCAUAAUCAUUGUCUAUGACAAACAUUACUUUAUUUUUAGGAAAUUAAAUCAAGGUUUAUUUAAUAAAUGGAUGAAAUAGUUAUAUUUAAUUUAUCAGGGGCUUACAGUGAAUAAAUGUUGGUGCCAGUAA